AUGACUAUUGCCAUUGCAGGCGCCGGCGCUGUCGGCAAGACCAUACUGGAAACUUUCCUUGAGUACCCUCAGUAUCAGUCUCAGAUAAUUAUUUUGACACGGUCACCCAAAUCAAACUCGCUGCUGGACAAAUUCAAGCAAUUGCAGGUAGACUACGAUGAUGUCUCCGCUACUGCUGCCCAGCUUGAAAAACACGAUGUUCGCACCGUUAUCUGCACUAUUGGCUUACUCUCUCAGGAGGCAAGUCGGGCCCAGGUCAACCUAAUCAAAUCUUCCGAUCAAUCCCCUACUACAAGGAGAUUCAUCCCGAGCGAGUAUUCACUUCCUCAAGGCGAAGAAUAUUUGGACUUGAAUUACACGGUCCAAUUCUUUCUCGAUGCAGUUCAAGCACUCGAAGAUUCCAGCUUGCAAUACACCAGAAUUUUUCCUGGUUAUUUUAUGGACUACUGGGCAAUGCCAAAAAUUCGUACUCACCUGGAACCGCUUGUUUACGCUGUUGACAUAGCCAACGGCAAAGCACUCAUCCCAGGAGAUGGUAAUAAUAUCAUUACAAUGACCUACUCGUACGAUAUGGCCAAAUUCGUGGUGCGAUUAUUGGAUGUUGAGGAAUGGCCAAAGUGUAGCUACAUUGGAGGUGACGAUAUCACACUUGGUCAAUUGGUGCGUUUAGGAGAAGAGAUCCGUGGGAUUGACUUUGAGAUUGCCUAUGAUGAUCUGAAUAAGACCGGAGAUGAAAAGCCUCCCCGGACAUUGGGGCUCAUUUAUGACGAUGAAACAGCCGAAUGGAUUGAUGGCUAUACCAAUAAGCUGCUUAUCACUGGUCACUUCGAAUUGCCCCGUGAUAAACGCCUCAAUGCUAUUUUCCCUGACAUAAAGCCACUCUCCAUGAGGAGCCUCCUGACAAAGGCUUGGAAACCAUGA